AUGGCUGCCGUCCGCGCUCUAACUCUUUCUGCUCUGGCCUCUGCUGGCGCUGCCCUGCAGCUCCAGGACGGCAUUCAGCACAACCUGACCGUCUGCAACGCCUACGCAGAGAGCAAGCCCCUCAGCGUCUACACGGUCAACCAGAAGGCAAAACUCACAGAAGAGCCCCUGCGUUAUAAGGCGUGCAAGGAGAUUGUCCUCGAGUUGGCGGACAAUGAGCGUAUCGACUUCAAGCUUGGAGGCCUCAGCGUCGGGACGUUCCACGUCGGCAACCUCCCGUUCGCCCCCACUUCAUUGUUGCUGGUCCCCUAUCGCAAGGGCAACAGCACCAUGGCAGCGACCUUCUACUCCCACGCGUUCUCGGUCUCGCAGGAGAACUCGCAGCUCGCAGUCGUCGAUGCGUACGAUGGCAGCACACCUGGCAGCCUGAAGAUCGCGUUCUCCAAGGGGCGCGCGAAGGAGUCGGCGCAGUUGAAGCCUGGCACGGCCGUGAACCUUGCCCCAGGCGCCUAUCAGGUCAGCCUGGAUGACUCUGGCAGCAAGAGCGUGAAGACAGUCGCGCUGUCGGCGACCGAUGGCGGCAAGCACGUCGCCAUGCGCGUGGGCGGCAGCGACGGCCUUCCCCAGGAGCUCGUGGUCUUCUCCGCGGGCGAGACCUCUGAGCGCAGCGGCGCCCGCCGUGCCGGCGCCGCGAUCCUGGGCGCGCUCGCGGCGGCGUGCGCGGGCCUGCUCGCGUGA